AUGGUGGAAGAAGAAAAGGAGGAGGAGGAGGAGGAGGAGGAGGUUAAAACAAUGCUAACUUCAGAGUGGACUGAUUACUUUUGUAAGGAGGAGGAGGAGGAGGAGGAGGAGGAGGAGGAGAUGGAGGAGCAGGAGGAGCAGGAGGAGCAGGAGGAGCAGGAGGAGGAGGAGGAGCAGGAGCAGGAGGAGGAGGAGCAGGAGGAGGAGGAGCAGGAGGAGCAGGAGGAGGAGGAUGAGGAGGAGGAGGAGGGGAUUGGGACACUCUCGAGACCGCCCCCAUACGCCUCCCAAUCUCGUCAAGGUGAACUCAGGAAGGAGGCACAGUUCAAUCCACUCAAGGUCACCAUGUUACCCUCAACAAUCGUCUCAGCCACUUCCGUCAACUGGCAGCAAAAGGCUCUGCUGCUGGACUUGAGUGACACAACUGACAUGCUGACACAAGACUGA